GGAAACCUGCAAUUCUUCCAUUCUCCAGAUGCUUUUCCUUAGAAUUCGGCUCAGUAGUAUAAUUAUAAUUCUCGUUUUCUUGGGGCGUUUGGUUCUCGUUUGGUUCCUACUUCCUACAACGACUAGUUGCGUAAUUUCAACAAACAUUAGCAUUCAUCCAAAAGGAAAGAAAAAAAUGGCCUCUUUGCUUCUUUGGCAGCGGAAAGCUUCAGCCUUUGGGGUUUCUCGCAUCCUUCAAGGUAUAUAUUGUGGCCAUUGAAGAUUGUUGGCGUGGGAAGUGGCAAAACAAAUGAACAAAGCAAAAGUUCCUUUUGAUACAGGACAAGAGAGAGACGAAGUUCAUGGUGCAAGGCUGUCACAGUGGAGAUGGCUGCUGUAACCUCCCAUUACCAUUGUGCUGUUAUUGAUGAAAUACAAGCAAGUUUUUCUUUAAUCAGCUCUUUUCUCAUGCCAUAUUUUCAGUAUCCUUACACAAAGCAGUUGCAUUAAUUAAAUUUGAAGUUGAUAUGUUGGAGUGAUUUAAGAAAUUAUGUUGGGCUGUAAAACAAGGGGUCUUUCAUUCACACGUGCUCUAUUGGGAAUUGCUGCUGACGAACUUCAUCUUUGUGGAGAUGCGGCUGCUGUUCCUCUUUUUCAGGAAGUGCUGAAAGUGACUGAUGAUAAUGUAGAGGUCCGAACUUAUGGAAGACUUUCACCACUUGUUCCUCUAGAAGUUCCACUUGGAUCUUUUUCUAAUAUAAAAACAGGAGAUUGCAUUGUAACAUUUUCACAUCACCAGAUCUAUAAAUUUAAGAAGCAAAUUCAGGAUGGGGGGAAACAUCUUUGCUCUGUGGUUUAUGGUUCAUUGCCACCAGAGACUCGUACAAGACAGAAAAAAAUGUUUAAUGAUGAAACUAGUGAGUUUGAUGUGCUUGUGGUUAGUGAUGCAAUUGGGAUGGGUCUUAAUCUGAAUAUUUCUAGGAUCAUAUUCUCCGCUAUGAAAAAGUUUGAUGGUGUUGAAAUGAGGGAGCUUACAGUACCAGAGAUAAAGCAGAUUGCAGGCAGAGCUGGCAGGUGUGGAUCCAAAUUUCCUGUUGCUGAAGUGAAUUUUUUGCAUGCAGAUGACCUACCAUUGCUUCAUUCAUCAUUAACGUCCCUGUCUCCUAUACUAGACAUGAUGGCAUUGUCAUUUGGAAUUCUCAUGAAAAUCUGCUUUAACUUGGUUUUGUAAACACCAAGGGGGCUACACUUUUAUGUGUUUCCACAUUUUGUUGUUUACUGAAUCUGAGUAACUUAUAUAAUGCAGCGAGCUGGACUGCUUCCAAGCUUUGAUCUAUUGUAUAUGUAUUCAUGUUGCAUCUAAAUAGUGGUUUCUACCAGAUAUUGGUAGGUUGGCCAUGACAAUCUUGCUCUCCUUUUUUUGAUUGUAUAUAAUUAAUGUGUUAUUGACAA